AUGAGCAACAGUUAUACAAAGAACAGUAAUACUGUCUUUAUAACUGUAUUAGAUAAACCCAGGGCCACACUGACAGCAGGAACAACAAUCAUACCAGUAGGGGGCAGUGUGACACUGACCUGCUCUGUGCAGAGCUCUGAUGGAUGGAAAUAUGAGUGGUUCAGACGAACCCAAACAACCUCUGAAGUUCAAAUCAAAGAUCAAGAAAACAGAGAUAUCAGAGUAUCUCAAGGAGGAAUCUACAGCUGCAGAGGAACAAGAGGAAACCCAGUUUACUACACUGAUAUAAGUGAUGAUGUCACCAUUGAAAUAACCUUUUCCAAUAAAGUUGUUGUAAAACAACAACCCAACUGGCCUCAGAUAUUCAGAGGUGAGACGAUCACUCUGACAUGUGAGGUGCAGGAAGGAGGUGAAACCACUGAGUGGGAGUAUGAAUGGAGAGGACCCAGGACACACACACAGUGGACACACAACAAUGAUUGGACAUUCAGAGUUUCUGAGUUCAGCAGAGGAGACUACAUGUGUAAGAGUCGACGCAGAGAUGACUCAUAUUCUUCAACAGAGUGGAGUGAAGCCUUCACAUUGUCAGUAUCAACAGAUCACCCAAAGGCCCAAAUAAUUAUUGAUGUGAGAGACAUUCCAGUAGGGGGCAGUGUAACCCUUAGCUGCUCAGUGAACUCAUCAUCAUCUGGAUGGAAAUACUACUGGUACAGAGAUGAGAACUCCUCUGAACCUCUGACCACACAAGAUGCAGUUCAGAUGCAGUUGCAGAUGCAGCUCCCUUCAGAUGGACAAAUCAGUGUCUCACAGGAAGGACUCUACAGGUGCAGAGGAGGAAGAGGAAACCCAGUUUAUUACACAGAGGACAGUGAUCCACUCAUCAUUGAUAAAAAUGCCCCGCAGAGCUUCCUGGAAAUUCGACCCAUCACGGCGCCUAACUCCGAGGACACACCGCCGUUCCCACGCUCCGGUGAGAUCUCCCGAAGACACCUUCCCAUUGAGGAUUUCAGACUGGACUGUAGCCCGUCUGCACCAGCAACUGCCGCAUCCAGCCACGACAUCCCGCGCUCCCUCCUCAGCAGCUCAUCCACCUCAGUUUCUCUCUACAAUACUUCAGCUAACAUCCCUACAACCGGGCCCGAGGAGCCCGUCCAGUCUCAAGCCACGUCGGCUGGAGGGCCCGAGGAGCCCAGCCAGCCUGAAGUUUCAUCAGCUGGGGGUUUGGGAGAACCCAGCCACCUUCAAGUGUCGUCAGCUGGAGGGCCAGAGUCGCCCGUCCACCUUCAACCUCCGUGUCUUCGUCCACGCCUGGCCCAGCUUCAGCUUCGCCUUUGCCUGGUCCUGCCACGUCUGGUCCUGCCUCGUCCACGUCUGGGCCUGCCUCGUCUGGUCCUGCGGUUGCCACACCGCCAUGGCACCCAGCUUGUCUUGUUCCGCCUCGUCUCUGCCGGCCGCUUUCCAGGCCUCUAA